AUGGAGAACGGGGCGUUGCGUGAAGGAAAGCCACUCGAACUUCUGUCAGUCGAGUGCAUCGGCCUACUGGCUCAGUACGCAGGUGUGGGUUUCCUAGCCGGUAUCAUUCCUGGUGUCAUUUACCCCGUUCUCCAGGGAUACCUUAAUGCAGAGGGCACCACCGUGGUGUCUGCCACUGUGUUGGUGCAGAUACCUUGGUGUUACAAGAUGUUCUUCGGUGUCAUCAGCGACUGCUUCCCGAUCAUGGGUUACCGUCGUCGUCCAUACAUGGUCCUAGGCUGGGUGUUCUGCGUCUCUAUUCUCAUCAUUAUGGCGGCAAUGUCGAUCCCUGACCCGUACUACGGGGACCCCGCGAUGCACAGUAUUGAUGAAGCAGACUGGACCGAUGACCAAAUCGACAGUAUUAACACAAAUGCCCCAAACUCCGCUGGCAAAUACGUUGUGCCCAUGAUGCUUGCGUCGUUUGGCUACCUGUUGUGUGAGGUUGCCGCUGAUGCCAUGGUCGUCGAGUACGCACAACGUGAGCCUAUCGAACAACGCGGUCGUGUUCAAACUGCUGUUUACGCCGUCAAGACCUCGUUCACUGCCGUCGGCGCUGCUGUCAUUGCAUUCUUCAUGAAUGGAGAAGAAUACGCCGGAUCGUUCAGCUUCUCGCUCUCGUUCCAGGAGCUCAUGUUGAUCAGUGGAGUCAUCUGCGCACCUCUCGUCAUUAUAUCGUGGUUCUUGCUGCACGAAGACCGCGUGACGGGUAACUUGUCCUUCGGGGAGUACAUGUCGUCGUUCUGGACGCUGCUUCAAAAGCGCGCUAUCUACCAGAUCGUGGCGUACAAGUUCUUCUCCGGUGUGUUCAACAGUUUUAACAUCGUGUCUUCAAGUAACAUCAAGCUAUACUGGGUCCACGCUACGCCAUUCAACAACAGCUUUAUGACUAUUGUGGGCACGGUAUUCUACGCGAUCACUCUGGCAUUAACCGGCAAAUACGGACUCGACUGGAAUUGGCGUACUAUCAUUAUUGUCACCAUGUGUGGAGCUCUGUCCAUUGAUGCGUUCAUGACCAUGUUCACUGUCUGGGACAUUGUUCGUAACCAAUGGUUCUGGCUCGGUGUACCGAUGAUUGAAUAUCUUCCUGAUGGAAUCCGAUUCAUGAUCGCCACGUAUGUGGUGGUGGAGCUUGCCGAGCCUGGUCAUGAAGGAGCUCUGUAUGGGCUACUGACUGCAACGACGAACCUGACGACGCCGUUCGGUCGCUCCAUGGCAAAACUCGUCAACGGUCAGUUCAACGUGUGGCUUAAGGACAUCCAGGCCGACACGACAAUGGUUCGUCGUGACGUGACCAUUACGAUCUGGAUUUGCUACUGUAUGAAGUUGUUGUCGCUGGCAUUCCUACCUCUGCUUCCCCGGCAAAAGGCUGAGACUCAAGAGCUCAAACGGACAGGAGGUUCUAGCCGUGUCAUGGGCAUCGUCACUGUGAGUUAUCUGGCUUUUGCAAUUGUCUGGGCGACAAUGGUGAACUUGUUGUCCAUGUAUACAAGCACAAUGUGCUGGAAGAUCACUGGCGGUUGUGCACCCAAGUCCUAG